AUGAGAGUCACUGGGAGCCUCGUCUGAGCUCAGGACCCGGAGUCUGUUCCCUUGAAGGGCUGGGAGGCAGCAGUGCUGGCUGGACCCGCACAGGCUCCUCCGAGCCCCAGGCUGGCAGCUUUGAAAGGGGCACGUGGGGGCAGCCAGACGUCCUCGGGCACUGGCCCUGUCUCCCGAGGAUGCGGAUGAGUCCUCGUCGUGGACCGCGCGGGCUUCCCGGGAGAGAGAGGCCUUCCUAGGAUGUCCUGGACUCCCCGGGUCUGGCGGGUCACAGGAGGUGGUCUUAAAGUAACCGAAGGAAGUAAAGUUAAGUGUCCAAGGUGAAGCUAAAAGUUCCUGGAAUUGUGAGAAAGAAUGAAUAGCUCAGUGUUCCAAAAGCUGCAUUUGCCCUCCUCGCUGAGGCUUCGUAGAAUUCAGGAAUCGGAGGGCUCGACAGGCUGGAAACGCCGCACGCCGACAUCCCGGAUCGCGCUGGCCUUCCGGGUGGGUGACCGCGUUCCUGCCUGCGUGCUCCUCCCUCGGGACCUUCUUGCUGGCUGUUGAAGGCUGUGUUCCCUCCGGCCGUCACUAGGACUCUGAGAUGACGAGGGGGUUACCCCAGGAGGCAGCCUCGGGAAAUUUCAGAGGAAAUGUGCAUGUGGUCUAUGGCCUGAGCACCUAGAGUGAAAAAUAAGUUUACAAAGCUAGGAAGCUCUCGACACGGGGUUCUGACAGUGGCGGCAAGUGACUGCUAUGCUGUUUCUCAAGAAACCCCCCAGAAGUUGCUCAUUUGCCUGUGAAGGCUGGCAGAGGCUCAGUAAAGCCAGGUUUCUUUAGCUGUGAUUGGAGCCGAUUCGGGGAGGGUGGGGGGCACCCCGGAAGGCCCGCCCUGCCUGCAGCUUCUUGUUUUCUGUCUCUUCCCAGUUCGUGGCGCAGCUGAUGGUGUUUCUCAUCAGUUUCGUGAGCUCCGUGUUCUGUGGGCACCUGGGGAAGCUGGAGCUGGACGCUGUCACACUGGCGAUCGCCGUAAUCAACGUCACUGGUGUUUCCGUGGGAUUUGGCUUGUCUUCCGCUUGUGACACACUCAUCUCCCAGACGUUCGGCAGCCCCAACAAGAAGCACGUGGGGGUCAUCGUGCAGAGGGGCGUCCUGGUGCUGCUGCUCUGCUGCCUCCCCUGCUGGGCGCUCUUCCUCAACACCCAGCACAUCCUGCUGCUCUUCAGGCAGGACCCGGCCGUGUCCAGGCUUACCCAGACCUACGUCACGAUCUUCAUUCCAGCUCUUCCUGCGACCUUCCUUUACACGUUGCAAGUGAAGUAUCUGCUCAACCAGGGAAUCGUGCUGCCCCAGAUCGUGACUGGAGUUGCCGCCAACCUGGUCAAUGCUCUCGCCAACUACCUGUUUCUCUAUCAGCUGCAUCUGGGGGUGAUGGGUUCAGCGCUGGCAAAUAUGAUUUCCCAGUUCACCCUGGCCCUGCUCCUCUUCCUCUACAUCCUCCUGAAGAAACUGCAUCAGGACACCUGGGGAGGCUGGUCCCUGGAGUGCCUGCAGGACUGGGGCGCCUUCUUCUCGCUGGCCGUCCCCAGCAUGCUCAUGCUGUGCAUCGAGUGGUGGGCCUACGAGGUCGGCAGCUUUCUGAGCGGCAUCCUUGGCAUGGUGGAGCUGGGGGCCCAGUCCAUCGUGUAUGAGCUGGCUGUCAUUGUGUACAUGAUACCAACGGGCUUCAGCGUGGCCGCCAGUGUCCGCGUGGGGAACGCCCUGGGGGCCGGGGACAUCGAGCAGGCCAAGAAGUCCUCUGCUGUCUCCCUGCUGGUCACAGAAGCCUUUGCCGUGGGCCUCUGCAUCCUGCUGUUAAGCUGUAAGGAGCUCGUGGGUUACAUCUUCACCGCAGACCGAGAAAUCGUUGCUCUGGUGGCGCAGGUGGUUCCCAUUUAUGCCGUCUCCCAUCUCUUCGAAGGUCUGGCCGUGAGUACUGGGCCGUAGUUUCUUUGCAGGCUUUUGAGAUCCGUGUGC